AUUCUAAUAUUAAGAAAACAUAGCCACAGGACAUAACAACAUAACCAAACAAAAUUAUCCAUGUCAAGAAGUGUUAUGCAAGUUUUCUAAGUUUUCUAGUUUAAUUCUUCCGCUCAAGAUGUCUGAUACAAAUAAACAAAAUUCAUGUGAACAAAAGUCUUGUAUGUCUAGAACAUAUGAGCAAUAUCCACCUGAUGACAACGUAAAUGCUGAAUUGCGAGGAAGACCCGUACUGUAUACUGGGGUGGUGUGGAUUGGCAUCCUGCGCCGAUUCCUGAUCCCCCGGAGAUGUGACCAAAUGCUACCGCCCCCAGAGCAACGGCCUCAGGACAAACCGGUGGCCAAGUCUGUGUCCCACAGUCCCGCAGCAAUCGCACCUGCAGAACCCAAACCGUUGCUGCAACUCGCCAGCAAUCCGGAGAAACAGAACAGCCAGGAGCAACAGCAGCUGAGACGUCACCAGAGAGAUCUGAGUGUCUCACCGCUGGCGUCGCUGAUGUCACAGGUGCAAGAGGCGUCGGCUGGAGCAGUGCACCAGGUCCAGCGGUUGUCACAGGACCUCAACGGGCUCGUGGAAGAUGGGAAGGCCACCACGUCAGACACGAUAGAGGCCAUCAGGGGCGAGCAGGCGCUGAUGUUGAGAUGUGGCGCCAUCACCGUGAGUGGAUUGGUGGGCUAUCUGUCAGGGCUGCGUCGCGGCGCUGUCACCCGUCUCGUGUACUCUGCUACCGGCGCCACUGCCAUGGCCGCCAUCUGCUACCCGCAGGAGACUCGUCACUACAACAGCCGCGGCUUGGCGGUAGUGCGGCAGAUCAUCGUUUUCAGCGUGGACCUCGUGCGUGACGGUCCUCAGAGAAUACUCGGAAAAGAGAUUGUAGAUGAAUCCGAAGGCGAAGAACAGCAGCGGUCUGAAAAUACAAAAAGUCGAAUGAAUUUUGGACAAAUCAUUAAAAAGUUAGACUCCAAUCGAGGUGAAAAUAAAUUUAAAACUAGUACAAAUAUUCCAACAGAGGAGAAACAAGAAUUAACUGAGACUCAAGAGUUGUCAUCACAGAAUCAUCAAAUAGAAAACCCAAAUAUUCCAGACGCAUCCUCCCCUGCCUCCAUUCAAGAAGAUGAAAAGCCUACAGCAACAGAUAUAGCCAAUUCUAUCCCAUACUCACCUGCAAUUCCCGCACCUCCCAAAAUGAAAUCGGGCGAUAGUCAGAGCUAUGAAACUCAUCAGUAUACAGAAAAUACUUUAUUAGACAAUGUAACAGCGACCACUACAACAGAAAAUGUUCAUACAAGAUUACAAAAUUACAAUUUAAAAGAUAUUCAGAAUAAGAAUGAUCGAACAAACGCUACAGAAGCUACAAACGCGCAAUACUAUCAAAGUAAAUCUCACUUCGCUGUCGAUUCUGUUCCUAUUCAUGAAAUACAUAUAACGGAAAAAGAAACCGAAUCGGAAGACGAAGACAACUUGAUUAAAAAUGAAAAUCUUAGCCAAACUGAACAACAUCCCUUGAACAAAAAGUUAACACGCUACUAUGUAAAACAGCCAGAUGAAAAACUUAACACCCCUGAAAAAGGAUAUGAUGAUUUAUACUCUAAGCGGGGAUGAUCAUACAGGACCAACAUUUUAUUGUGACUGCAUAAAAUGAAUGUGUUUGUUAUACUUAGUCAUACUUAAUUAUUAAAGUCGUACAUCAAGAGAC